AUGCCUGCGCCGCCCUCCGACCCCGUGGAGUGGAAUGAGUCUAUGCACGCCCUGCGCAUAAGUGUGGGGGGCCUGCCGGUGCUGGCGUCCAUGACCAAGGCCGCGGACCCCCGCUUCCGACCACGCUGGAGGGUGAUCCUGCUCUCCCUCCUGGGCGCCGCCACGCUCUGGCUGGUCUACACCCACCGCACACCCUCCGCCAGGCCCCCCACAUCCAACGCCCACAACUGGAGGCUCAGCCCCCGCGCCGCCGACCGCUACAAUGACACCUACCCGCUCUCCCCACCUCAGAAGACGCCUGGGGGCACCCGUUACCGCAUUGCCGUCAUUGCUGACCUGGACACAGAGUCGAGGGCCCAGAAGGAGCACACCUGGUUCAGUUACCUGAAGAAGGGCCACCUGACCCUGUCUGACAGCGGGGACCAGGUGGCCGUGGAGUGGGACCCAGAGCAGGGGGUCCUGGAGUCCCACCUGGCAGAGAAGGGGCGGGGCAUGGAGCUCUCGGAGCUGAUCGUCUUCAACGGGAAGCUCUACUCCGUGGACGACCGGACGGGCGUGGUGUACCAGAUCGAGGGCUCCAAGGCCGUGCCCUGGGUGAUCCUGUCGGACGGUGACGGGACCGUGGGCAAAGGCUUCAAGGCUGAGUGGCUGGCUGUGAAGGACGAGCACCUGUACGUGGGUGGCCUGGGCAAGGAGUGGACCACCACCACGGGCGAGGUGGUCAAUGAGAAUCCCGAGUGGGUGAAGGUGGUGGGCCGCAGGGGCAGUGUGGAGCACGAGAACUGGGUGGCCAGCUACAACGCCCUGAGGACUGCUGCCGGCAUCCGGCCGCCAGGCUACCUCAUCCACGAGUCGGCCUGCUGGAGCGACACGCUGCGCCGCUGGUUCUUCCUGCCGCGCCGCGCCAGCCACCAGCGCUACAGCGAGAAGGAGGACGAGCGCCGCGGCACCAACCUGCUGCUGAGCGCCUCCCAGGACUUCAGCGACGUGGCCGUGCGCCGCGUCGGCGAGCUGCGCCCCACGCACGGCUUCUCCUCCUUCAAGUUCGUGCCCAACACCGACGACCAGAUCCUCGUGGCCCUCAAGUCCGAGGAGGACAGCGGCAAGGUCGCCACCUACAUCAUGGCCUUCACGCUCGACGGCCGCUUCCUGCUGCCCGAGACCCGCAUCGGGAGCGUCAAGUACGAAGGCAUAGAGUUCAUCUGA